AUCCUGCACACAUAGAAUAACAGAUGUUAUUAAACAGGUCUGUAAACAUGGCAUAUCUAAUUACAGAGGCCGUUGCCAUUCCAUUCGUUUUCGCUAGUUCGGUAAACAAAAGUAUUGGUCUUAAGUGUUCAAAUAAGAUCAAAUCCUUAGAACCAAUACUAACCUGGACCAUCGAAUAGCCUUGUUUAAAUACGGCUAACAAUGUGAGUUAAGGGAUUAUUUAUGCCGUCGACCUAAUAAUAUCACGACACAAAGUCAUAUCCUCCUCUUCCUAUAUCAAACUAUGUCCUUCACUCCUGGCGAAUAAGCCUUAGGGCAACUAACGACAACACAGCAGUUAAUAUCUGAGCAAUUAAAAUUUUAUGUGGCGUUACUAGAAAAUGUUCCAACAUUUUAGCAUUAAUGUUAGCCAGAAUGUAGCUCCCGUCACAAGACUGGCUCGCUGUUUGUAGGAAAAAUUUAAGUAACAUUGUUAAUUUGAUCUAGUUAACCAAAAUAAUAAACUUUUAGUAAGUUCUCAUAAUACCACUUUCGGGAUUUACGAUCCGUAAUAUAUAUAGUGUACGGUGACGUUAACUUGUACAGGCCUGCUCGGGACCUGUGAUCGUUGCUAACUAGCAUAAAUAGCUAACAGUGGCGAAUAUUCACUUUGCGAAUAACCAGUGCACAAAUCCUCAUGUCCUAUCAGUAUAAAAACGCGAUAGGCGUGCAAUGUUAUUUAAAGCCGUCUGCCUUACCUUUAUUUUUAACUGACCAAUCUUUGUAGCGGUGAUUGUAAGGUGUAGCUAUUGAUUUUAGCUGACUACGAAAAAGCCCUGACAAGCCAGUGUCCAAGAUGGCCCCCGCUCUAUAUGAACCCGCCCCCUGUCGACAGAAUCAGAUUUUUGACUAUUUUCAGGGCCUCUUAAAAUUGGUUUGAAGUUGUUAUUAAUAGUUGUACUGAGCAUUUGCAAGGGAAAAAUAUGACAAUUUAUAGUAAAAACUAAAACAAACAAAAAAAAAAAAACAUACAUUGCAGAACUUGAUCAAUUCUUCUAGGCAUGUUGUCUUAGAUAGAUGUUGUUAUCAUAGACCGUAUGUGGAUCACAUUGGCUAGAGUAUUUAUGAUCGCCAUACACUUUUUUCAUGUUUUAUUUCUUACACUGUUAUCACGUAGCAAAACUAGGAGUCUCAAAAAUCAACAGACUUAACGAUUACCCAAUAUAAUUUAAACUUUGUUGAAUAGGCUAUGUAUAUUUUAAGAUAAUAGGGUUUUAGGGUUGAAAUUAAAGUACACCUCUGCUAUUUGUGAUGCUUCCACUAUCACACACAUUAAGAGCUAGAACUCAGUCCCUCAUUACUACACUAUUUCAUGUUACCUUCAGUGAGUCUGUGACAAAUCACCCUUAAAAGGUGGAAGUAAUCAUCAAAGCUAAGUUCAGAUUGAAACAUUUAGUUGCAACAUAUUUUAUAGCCCUAUAUUUUAAAAGAUGGCCUUUAAUGAAUUAUUGCCUACAGCAAAAACUUCUAUAUAUGCUACAGCUCUUUGAAUAUUAAGUUUUAAGGCUCAAACUUCAGCCUUUGUAUUUCUCUUUUUCUGUUUUCUGAUUGUUUUGGUUGUAGUAAAAUUUUGUGGAAAGUUUUGACUACCCAAAAAUAAAUGGAUAAAGACCAGUGACUGCAAUACAUGUAAGAAAGGUAAGAGGAAGUUAGUCAAUUUACCCCAACCCACUCAUCAAGAAGACACAUAUGACAACCUAUACUGUGUACGAGUCAGUGGGCAUGGCAGAGUCUGAUAAUGUCACAGACUAUGACCUGUAUGACUAUAGCUGUCAGACAGAGGAGAAGGCCAUGCAGCACUUCCAUGCCGUGUUCCUGCCUGUGUUCUACAGCCUGCUAUUUGUGCUGGGUGUUGCAGCCAACGGCCUCAUGAUCACGGUUCUCCUGAGACGUCGGCACUUCCUCCGCAUCACUGAGAUUUACCUUCUGCAUCUGGCCGUGGCCGACCUCAUGUUGCUCUUUACAUUUCCAUUUGAUGCGGCUGAUGCUGUGACUGGAUGGAUGUUUGGCAAGUUUAUGUGCAAGUUAACAGGAUUGUUGAAAAACAUAAACCAUCUGUGUGGAAGCUUCCUUCUUGCUUGCAUUGGAUUCGAUCGAUAUUUGGCUAUUGUUCAUGCCAUUUCUAGUAUCCAAAUUCGACAGCCCAAAACAGUACAUCUCAUUUGCAUUUUGCUAUGGAUGGUUUGUUUGGGGUUCUCAGUUCCAAAUAUAGUCUUUUUGACAGUGAUAAGGGAUGAAACAAAUGUAACAAACCUUUUUUGUUUUUAUUAUGGGUAUGGAAUCCAUGCAAACAACUGGCUUCACACUAACAGAGUUCUAAAUCAUCUGUGCUUUUUUGUGUCACUGGCUGUUAUGGCUUACUGUUACAUUGCUAUAGUGGGCACUUUGUACAAAAGUCAAAAGAAUCAGGCUAAACAAGGCGCAAUUCGACUAGCUUUACUCAUAACCUUUGUGUUUUGUCUCUGUUGGCUUCCUUACAAUAUUACAUUAUUGAUGAAUACUUUGGUGGAACUACAAUUAAUUCAAAAUGUUACCUGUAAUUAUUACACAUCACUGAACUCUGCUUUAGAGGUGACACAAUGCCUUGGCAAUUUCCACUGCUGUCUGAACCCUUUUCUUUAUGCUUUUGUUGGGGUGCGCUUCCGAAAUGAACUUAUUCAGUUACUCUGUGAGCUUGGUUGUGGUCGGGUGUGUCUGCCAUUAAUGACCAUGCGGAAUAACAAUCAACCAUCCAUUUCAGAGGGUGCAAUAACCACAAGCACCUACUGAGAGAAAUACUUGCAAUGCUUGUAAAUGUGCCGAAUGUCCUACUUUUGAAAUGUGUUUCAUUGCAUUGUACAUUACAUUGUGGUUUUAAUGUGAUACUGAUAUCAGAAUUUCUUGUGAAAACAUGAUCUAAAGACGCAAUAAAGUAAUUAUGUAAUUUGCUUAAUAUUGAUAUAUUUUCAAGAGAUGAAAACCCAAAAUAAAGUCAGUUCAGA